GACAAAGACACUACGCCGCGAAGAACCUCAACUACUGCGAAGAAAGAAACAUAAAGAGACAACUUCUAAUUUACAAUAACCUUGAAGACUUAUCAAAAUCAAAAAGAAUAUGGUGGUUGCUUCGCCUGGCGCAUUGGCGCCUGAUGUUGGGGACGAACGCCAGCCGAUAUCCGUGGAGACCAUCGAACACACUCUUAGCGAAAUUUUUGACUUCUACGCAACAAGGGCACAUUCGAAAUGUAUAGUCUAGGAGUUGGUAUGUGUCAUCACGUAUAGUCUAGCAGUUGGUAGUACUAGGACAACUUGUGGUCUCGAUAUUUGUUUCUUCUAGUGCACCAUCGAUCUACAAGUGAUUUUUUCACUUGGGCAAGAACUUCUUUAUGGGGGCAAAUGUCAUUCAUCUACCACUUCGUUAGCGUUGCACUUCGUUACUUCCUUUUUGAGGUAGCAGGGUGUGGUCAUCGUAUAGUCUAGGUGUUGGUGUGCUUUAGCCAAUGAUAGACUCACUUGAGUGGAAAAUUGAUCCCGCCAGCUGCUUCCACCUUGACCACGCCAGGUUCCCGAUCCCUCAUGAAGAGCAUGAAGUUCCAGAAGAUGGCGUUAGACGCUGACUUGGUCGAUGAAGGUGGGCGACUUACAUCCGCCAGAGUGGACUUGAUAUUCAAGAAGCUGUGCGGCAACUGUCCUACGAUGACUUUUGAACAGUUCUUAAGGGUAGGUUAAAGGUGCUUUUCUUACCGCUUUUUAUGCCUCUCCUAAGGGAGAAAGGCAUAACAAGCGGGCUAAGCGAGCACCAAAAACCUACCUCUAAAGUUCAUGAACGGCUGUGUUCAAAUCGCCUUAGUGAAGUAUCCGCAAGAGAAUAAAGCGCAUCAGGUAGAAACACAAACACUGUUCUUCUAUUUUGCUGCAACUGUGUAGAAGUUUUGUUCAAGUUCAUGGUCAACCUUCUAUCUUUUCUUUGAAAAAAGUCUAGCUUCAAAAUUGUCUCCAUCCCACCUAUCCUAGCUGCUUCAAGAUUGUCUCCAUCCCACCUAUCCUAACCACCAGGCACUCGGACUCCUCUACGAGGAGCAUUUCUCGAAAUUUCUGAAUCCACAUGCGGAGUUGUUGCAAAAUUUCGAUCCAAGUUUCUUUGACGAGAUACGGCCACUGAAAGAAGGGAUCUUGACGCUUUAUCAAGGGUACCUUUUCCACUUCCAAGAAGUACAACUGUUCAUCCUGAAGAAGGGAACAUUGAAGAACACGAAAUAGAAAUGCUUUCUCCUCUAGAAAUUCGCCAUUAUACUAGUCUGAUCGUCCCCAUACUUCUUAAUACAGACAGUAGUUACAAGGAAAAGAAAACUGAAAACACAAACAGGUACUUCGCUCAAGAGACUAACCCGCAUUUCCAACAGCAGAUAUCUAGUCUCGAGUCUUCGUCCAUGAAGUCGUUUCUAGCCUGUUUCCACGACUUCGAAAUCGCACCGAACCUGGUUCCGAAGCCGAUAGUGCUCAGCGUCUUUCGGGAGGUAAGAUGAGUCAAUGAAUAUUAGUGAAGUCGCGAAGAUUCUUCUUGUGGUCUUACAGUAUCUCCGCCAAAAGACGACUGCGCAACCUACUAUCUCCAGGUAAUGAAAGGGAAAAUACCAAACGAAGUCUUUGAAUUCUUCGAAUGCGAAGACGUGUGCACGCGUGGAAGGUUAUUCACGAUUGGGCACUUCUUACUUGGCCUCUAUUUGGUGGGCAAAAAGCUAUUUGGAUUGGCGUCAGCCUUAUGAUUUCUGGGUUGAUGACACUACUUUAAUCUUUGAGGAUGGUAUUGGUAUAGCUAUAGCGAUAGCUAUAGUAGCUUUUUUUCUCCCCAUUCAUAUUCAUUUAGUUGACCUCAUCUUCAAGAAUCAGAAUGACAUAGAAGUUGCAAUUCCGUCUGAUCUUCAAAGCAAAUAGUCGAUCCCGCAAUAGUUCUUGGACUAUUUCAUCUGCGUUGAUGUUUUCUUCUUGCAUGGACUCCACCUCCUAAUCCUGACGAUUUCCCCCCUUUCAUACCCAUCCUCCUCCUCCGCUUCCGCGUCCUCUGGUCAAGUCGUUUUCCAACUCCUCGAGCGAAUGGACGUGAGCACACCUGGAAAGAUAAUCUUCACAGCGGAACGAGCCAAGUCUUUACCCCUCACCACUAUUAAGGCUAGAAGAAAUCCAUCUUCACAGGCAUCCUGAGACCGUUUUCAAGGGGAGAAAGGUCCUCGGAUGCGUCUCAAGCUGGAUUUCUCUUACUUCUAACACUAGUGCCCACCUCACUGCCGCACAUCGAGGUGGAGCUUCCUUCCAGUUUUGUCCGGAGUCUAGGGAACAGGGCUUUGGCGGAGGAGGCGGCUCCUCCUCGUCUGACGCGGAGUUGAUGAAUACUUCGAAAAAUUCAGGAAUGAGCCACGGCGGACAAAGUACGGCAAAGUUCUUGGUAACUUCUCACACGACACAUGAUUGCUCAGUUUGUGGAGUUGGUUUCAAUGUUGUCACUGUAGAAGUUAUCUCCUAGAUAAAAAGUGCUUUUAAUGUCACUGUAGAAGUUAUCUCCUAGAUAAAGCAUUCACUGUAGAAGUUAUCUCCUAAACAUCAGAGCCUGCAGAAGAUGCACUCAGCACACACCAAAGGAAACGAGCUCUUCACUCACACACCAAAGGAAACGAGCUCUUAAUAAUGCUAGUGCAGUACUUAUAUCCUUCUGCACUCACACACCAAAGGAAACGAGCUCUUAAUGCUAGUGCAGUACUUAUAUCCUUCUAACCGCAGCGGCCAGCGUCCUCUCGCACCUAGCGCCACAGGCAAUCGCUUACAUUCAACGCAAAUCGGCUCGCUCACCCACUACGGUGGCAGCAGUUCAUCUACCUCAGCGAGAGGUACUGCUAGCGGCCAACAGCACCCCGUACCAUUAUGGUUAGCUUUUUUGCAUCAUUCUCGGCAUCUUGAUCCCCUUUUGCCUUGUUGUAUUUCACGAGAAUACAAGGCAAACGGGGUCAAGAUGAGGGGACCGAGAUGGAAUAAAGCUGACUCUAAUACCAGUAGUUCCAGAUAUGAUCCGACCACUAGGGGAGCAACAUGAAAUCUUGAUUUCGCAACUUUUCCUUUACUACGCAACGUUGGGAGACCCACUGAACCGGUCAGCGAUAAGUUCGCUGAAAUUCAACCGCUUUUUGCGGGAUGCAGGAUUAUUGCCAGCGGAAUGCCAGGGAGCGGUAAUUAUAUAUAAGUACAUUAUAGGAAAAAAAAUUGUGAAAAGUCGCUGUUGCUGUACUCAUGACUGGUAAUAGGAGUUGUGCGUUGUGUGACUAGUACUACUACUUGUGCAUGUUGGACCACGAAGUCCCAACAUCUUAAAACAAAUCGUGUAACAAAGACAUCUAUUUUCCAACAACUUCUCGUUCUCCAGGUCACCUACGACCACAUGCAGCCUAAGAAACGGGCACAUCGGGCACAAGCUCUCAGUAGACAGAAGCUCUCAGUCAGUGCGCAUCAACCAAGGGUCAAUGCUGAUUAUGACUCCUUCGAACGAAUUGUGGUUCAGCCCUUCGUGGUAGAUUGAGUAACAAAUACAAAAUAAUAUAUGGUCAGGACGUUUAGAACUAGGUAAAGUCCACUGGAGGUGUUUCUUCAUUAGCCUUGAAUUGGUCUGUAUGGUUCUGGUAUUUGGUAACCUGAACAAUUUGAUCCUAAGGGUUCUCUUCUUGUUUUCUGUUAUGAUCAAAUUCAGGCUAUACCAAAGACCGGGAGCAGACAUGGUCCCAGUUCUCCCUCUCACCCUCUUCACCUUCUCUGCUUCAUGCUUGGGCAUUCCCGAAUGGUCCGCCGCUCACGCAAGUCGACGUCGACCUAAUCUUCCUGCAGGCGAUAAACUUUAUGGCGAUUAAUGCGACUACAUAAAAGCAAUAGAAUCAAUUUUAGAACAACUACGCUACAGCAUCAGCUGAAUGGUUCCGGUCUUUGGUAUAGCCUGAAUUUGAUCAUAAGGGAAAACAAGAAGAGAACCCUUAGGAUCCAACUCAGGUUACCAAAUACCAGAACCAUACAUCAGCACUUAUGACCGCUCUAAUAACCGGGAGCGCAAGAAGACCAACAGCAAAGGCCAGCAGCAUCGACAUUUGCUAAACGAGACUAGUUGGAGACGAGCUUUGUGCGACAUCGGCAUACGGCUUUAUUACCAGCCAAGAGACGACGCCUCAGCCUUAGGUGGAGCAAGGGGCGGAGGCGCAAGUAGUAGUUCAAAGAGUUCCCCCACGACUGACCCUCACAAAAAUUCCACGACCACAUUAACACCAGUCGAAGCUUCCCUCGAGUCCCUAUGCAGAAAAGUCCUCCAGCCAGCAGCAAAAGCCCUAGAUUAAGGCUCAGCUUUCAAUGGUCAUUGGAGUUGGUCACUGAGAUCGAAGAGGCGACCCCUUGAGAGAACCAACAGGGGAAAUAAACGAAGGGACGAAAGGGGAGAACUUUGGAGGGGGUCCCUUCCGUUCAGAGUCAUGAUGACCAUUGAAGGCUGAGCUUUAACUAGGCUUCCAGUCGCAUGUAGAUGUGAGCAACUACGCUGUAGAGAUGGGCAAGCAGCAAAUGGUGGACCUGUUUCACUCGCCGAACGUUUCCGAGGGGAUCGCGAAAAUAUUCACCUACUACGCGGAUCAAUCAGCAAGAACGUCUUUUGCGAAAUCGAAAUGGACAGUGGGGAGCUUUUUGAAGUACUACCUCUAGCUCUUCUACACAUUCAUCUACUUAUAUUUUUCUUGAUCUUCUUCUUGUGAUCGUCACAGACACAGACUAGUACUAACAAGUACCACAACCAUGAUCAAAAAACUCGAGUGUAACUAAAUAUGUAUAACUAGUAGAAGCACUAGAAUUAUAUAUAAAUCAAGAAACUUUUAUUAUUGACAUGAUGACGUCGAAGUGUCGUCCCAACCACUACAACAGGUUCUGCAUCGAUUUCGAGAUAACCGAGGAGAUACCGCAUUUGCCUCUCCAACGCAUAUUUCAAGACUGUGCGCAUGUAGAAUCAGUGGAAGGGCGCACUAGUUCUAGUGAGCUCAGCAAAUUGGGCUUUCAGCUUUGUUUUUAUGGCAACCAAGAACUAACUGAAGCAUUUUUUACUGUAAAUAGUGCCGCUCCUGAUGAGCUGAGUCUGCAAAAAGGAGUUUUCCUGAAUGUACUACGAUCAUUGAGAUGACCACAACGCAAGGAACAAACAGUAAAAAGCACUCCUCUAAUUUCGAGUGCUCAUAGCCGUGAAGCUGAACCGAAUGGAGUUUUCUACUCUAGAGGACCAAGUUUUAGCCUUGCUACACAAAUUGAACCAUGCUGCAAGAACUGGCAUGCGCGAUCGACCGACCGUGAUGUCGAUGUCAAGACGAGCCCAGCUUUUCCCUAGUCUGGCAGAACCAAGAGGAAAACGAGUGGGGAGCUCAGUGGCUGUUAUGGCUUGGGGAGAGUGCUCAAGUCUGUCAUUCUAGAAUUUGUAACUCAACACGGCCAAAGAUCAAAUUAUGAGGGUGUAUGGCUCUGGCAUUUGGAAACCUGAGCUGAUUUUGAUCACAAGGAUGGUCUUCUUCUUUUCCCUUAGGAUCAAAAUCAGGGUACCGAAUACCAGGACAAUGCACAGGGACAAUCUUGGAGCACUUUCUUUACAAUACGUUAUACCAGAGUAGUUUAUAGCGCGCAAGGAGUGCAUGGAGUAGCACCAUGGAGUGCAUGGAGCGCAGACCCACAAGGGACGCAAGAAGCGCCCUAGCUCCAUGCAACUCCAUGCGACCCACGCACUCCAUGCCAUGCGAGCUGGAAAAACUUAUAAAUCCAUCUGUUACACUAUUGAGGGUUGACACAUAGGAGCAGCGUAGUAAUAUCGAGCAAAAAUAUUUCCCAAGCCCUAGCCUGUCUAACACAAGAGGCGGCGCUGGCAGCGGCGGACCCCUAUACUAUUCUUCCAGCACCUCACCAGCGGUCAGUCUCAGUACUCUGACCACGAAUGCAACAGCUCCGACUGUUGCUACCUUGGGUGGUCCAAACCACAUACUAGCAGGCGGCGGCGUUCUGAAAGCUGGAGAUCCGCAAUUGUCGGAGAGGUUUUUUAGGACUUUGCGGAACUAGUAUAUAGGUGCUGGGUCGUGAUCAUCUUCUAAAAGGGCCGUGAUAUAUUUUACUUAGGAUAUUUAGAUUUACUUACACUUCUGUGUACGUAAUGUAAGAAUGUAUCUUCUAUGUUGUGGUAAAACCACAAGACAAAUUUAAUGAAAGCACUCGCUACAGGUACAGUCAGUUAAACUCGUGCUACUAAAAGACAAAUGUUGGCAACCGAUGAUAAACGAACAAUGACACCUACUUUCCUGUUAUCGACCGACGAAUAUAGAAAAGCUAAUGAGAUAGCAUGAUGAUGAUAUUGAUACUCUUAGUCGCUUAAGAUUUUAAAAUCAAUGAACCAUAAGCAAAUCAAUUGAUUUGACAAGUUGUUACUGUUGUAGAAAAAGUCCAUAGUAAAAGAUCUAGAACGAAUAUCGACAAAAUCAGAUGGAAGAUGCACCACAUAUUACUGUCAUUCUUCUGGUAUUAUAUAAGCAGCUAAGGACAAUGUCAUGCCCAUUAGUUGCUAUGGUCACUCCCACGACAUAUUUUUAUCUGUUUUAUGGAAGUCCUCACUACAUUCUCACUCGAUCGAAAUACUGGUCUUAGAAAGUCCUAGGUUCAUCUUAUUAUGGAUCAUCUACGCCUCAAGAAGGUCAAGGAGCAUCUUGGGGUCAAUAUAGAAACUCUAGUCAUGCACCUCCAGAGAAUCCAUAUUUUUAAAAGGACUUGGUCUUACAGUCUGUGCAUGGAAGAUAUUUUUCAGCCAGUGUAGAUUAAAGCGUUGUCAUAAUUGUGCUUCAUCGUUUGCGUAGUCAUAGCGCCUGGUCGUUGUGCUUCAGGCUUCCCGCGGGGUAAUUAAGUGGAACUAUAGCGGGAAACUUUAGACCCAGGCGCCAAAAAAAAAUGCGGCAGUGGUGACCGUGAUGAAUGAAUGAAUGAAUCAAGCUCAAGACACAGCGACUGCUUCGGCCAUGCCUCGAUCGA